AUGGUUUCGGAGAAUACUGCAACUCUACCUCCAAAAGUGUGGGCAACUUUGGUGACAAAUGAUGAUUAUCUCAAGGGCGUACUGACACUCAACUACCGUUUGCGAUGUGUCAAAUCGAGAUAUCCGCUCCUGGUUUUAUACACCCGCACAUUAUCCCUUACCAGCGUUGAGUCUCUGAAGCGUCGAAGCAUAGCAACGCUCCUAGUACCACGACUCACCCCGACGACCACAAAAGAAUACACCGAUGACCUUCGAUUUAAUGAGUGUUGGACAAAGCUGAUCGCCUUCUCACUCAUAGACUACUCACGAAUUGUUCUCCUAGAUUCGGAUAUGUUACCACUACAGAACAUGGAUGAACUCAUGGACCUUGACCUCGACUUACCAUCAGUAAGCGGAUCUGGAGACAUUACUCGUAGUAAAAGAGUGUUCGCUGCUUGUCAUGCAUGUACUUGCAAUCCCUUACGAAAGCCGCACUAUCCGCCGAAUUGGAAGCCCGAGAAUUGCGCGUUUACGUCCCAGCAUGCCUCACCAGACGUCGCACAAAUUACUGGGGCAGAUAUCUUAACAGGACUGGGCAAACUCAACAGUGGACUUCUGGUCAUCAACCCAUCGAAAGUCAUUUUUGAUCAGAUCGUCACGAAAAUGAAUGAGACUGGUCUCGACUACCAGUUUCCAGAUCAGGACCUAUUGGCGGAUCUUUACAAAGGUCGUUGGGUCGCAUUACCAUAUAUCUACAACGCCUUGAAGACGAUGCGGGAUCCAAGCGUGCACGGGGCUAUAUGGCGUGAUGAGAAAGUCAAGAACGUUCAUUACAUUCUCAGCCCCAAGCCGUGGGAUGAGCUCGGGUUAGAUGGGACGUGGACGGGGGAUAAGCCUAUACAUAAGUGGUGGAUUGACGCGUACAAGUCAAUGCGCGCAGAGGAAAAGACACUCGGAAUUUCUUAA